CCCCCCCCCGCCACGAAAACUGUCCCGUCCCAGCGGAAAAAAACCAUCGAAGGGCCACAACAGUUGACUUCGUCUUUCUUCCCUCCUUCACCUCUCUAGCCAUUGGUGCAAUUGGGCCCUAAUCUUCAACAUGGCAAAGCCCGAACCCGCUACCGUCACCGACGCGGACUUCGAGUUCGUCGAGACUCCCAAGUUUGUCCAGCCCAACUUCGAGAAGCAGGAGAACUACGGUGUCCCCACGACCAAGUCUCCCGCCAUCUACAAUGCCCCCCUCCCAGCAGACGGCCCCGGCUCCGACACCUUCAACAACUAUGCCCUGAUCGCUGUCCUCACUCUGAUCCCCUGGUACAUGAGCUGGAAGCUCGGUGGUGGCAUCAAGACCACCAUCUUCUUCGCCCUCAUUGUCGACCUUCCCCUCCUCGGCGCCUUCUGGUUGAUCAUCUCCUCCGUUAGCCCCCGCAAGAAUGAGAAGGCCCGCUUCCCCGGUCGCGGCGUCGAGCACUACCUCGAGUUCAAGAAGGACUCUGACCGCCUCAAGUACCGUGGCAACAGCAAGAUUCCCAUGGAGACUUUCCACGAGAUGUACUUUGACGGCGAGGUUGACUUCAAGGGCGAUUGCCUCGAUGUUAUGGAGUUUCGCCAUGACUGGGCUAGCUUCCGCUUCACUAUCAGCCUCAUCAAGUUCUUCCUCUUUGGCAUGAUCCCCGAGGUUAUCAUGCACACCCGCUCCCAGGAUGAGGAGCAGGUUCGUGACCACUACGACCGCGGUGAUGACUUCUACGGCUGGUUCCUCGGCCCUCGCAUGAUCUACACCUCUGGUAUUAUCUCGGACAUCACCAAGGAGGAGACCCUCGAGGAGCUCCAGGACAACAAACUUGCCAUCGUUUGUGAGAAGAUUGACCUCCAGAAGGGCGAGUCUCUCCUCGAUAUUGGCUGCGGUUGGGGUACCCUCGCCCGCUUCGCCAGCGAGAACUAUGGUGCUCGUGCCACUGGUAUUACCCUUGGCCGUAACCAGACCGCUUGGGGUAACGCUGCUAUGCGCAAGGUCGGCAUUCCCGAGGAGCAGAGCAAGAUUCUGUGCAUGGAUUACCGCGAUAUCCCCGUCCCCGAGGGUGGUUACAAGAAGAUUACCAGUCUCGAGAUGUCCGAACACGUUGGUAUCCGUCACUUCUCGUCCUUCCUCACUCAGGUUCACAACAUGCUCGAUGACGACGGUGUCUUCUUCCUUCAGUACGCUGGUCUGCGUAAGUCUUGGCAGUACGAGGACUUCAUCUGGGGUCUGUUCAUGAACAAGUACAUCUUCCCUGGUGCCGAUGCCUCCACUCCCCUUGGCUGGGUUGUCGACAAGCUCGAGGGCGCUGGCUUUGAGAUUAAGCACAUUGAUACCAUUGGUGUUCACUACUCUGCUACUCUCUGGAGGUGGUACCGCAACUGGAUGGCCAACCGUGAUAAGGUUGAGGCCAAGUACGGCAAGCGAUGGUUCCGCAUCUGGGAAUACUUCCUGGCUUACUCCACCAUUGUCUCCCGCCAGGGCAGCGCCACCUGCUUCCAGAUUACCCUCGUCAAGAACAUCAACUCGACCCACCGAAUUGAGGGUGUCCCCACCCAGUUCGCUCUGUCUGAGGCGCUCGACAACACCCGAGCUGACCUACAGGCCUGGGCCGCUAAGAACAACGUCAAGUCCCCCAAGGAGUACCUCUCUUGAACAGAGACGUCAAGGUGAGACGAUAAUCCGAAAGCCCGAGGCUGUGCUAGCCGCAGCCACCACUUCUCUCUGGGAAGUUUUAAGGGCAGAAGAUGCGAUCCGAGUGCCCAGCAUUCGGGGGACAUUGUACGAUUGGCAGCAAUGGAGGAUAGAUCUAUAUCUUAUAUGAGUCCCAGAUUGCGCCCCCUUGGUCGAUUAGGAGGCCAGGGAUGGUCUUGACGUAAUUGGGAGAGUACCAUAUUGAUCAUGGUAGACGCAAAAAGAAAAUGGCAGAGUUGAUAUAGAUCCUCGCCGCAUGGGCGUGGGCCUGCUUAGCCAUUGAGUAAUGAUGAAUUGAAAAGGCGGUUGAUGAUGAA